AUAUGGAAAAGUCAAAAGUAAUCAAGCCGCAUAAGAUGUCGCAUGAUAAAAUUCUCAGGAUAACAUUUAUUGGCAUGUUAGAAAUAUAUCUUUAGCUCAAAAUUUCUUGUGUGGUUAGGUGGAUUGUUUCACGACUUUUUGGCAGCUCAGAAUGUUCCAUGAAUUCUUCAACACAUCCUUCUUGUGCUCAUCAAAACAUCAGUUUUCAUCAACCUCAUAAGUCAAAAGAAUCACCCAGAUGAGUUAGUCAUGUGUCCAUACAUGUAGAUUGCUAUAACAUAUUUAUUUGUACUUUCUUUCAAGUAUGUGAUUUUCUUCUGGAAUUUGCAUUGGUUGUCCUAAUAAAUCUUAAUAUAGUAGCCUUUGGUUCCACAAUUUUUUUUCAUAGUCUCUUCCAUACUACCUGAACAAAUUACAUCUAAAUAUGGUUCAUUCAUUAUAUUUUAACAGUUCUUUUAAUUUUUCUCUACCUCCAGUCUCCUUGAAUUGGAACUUGAACAACAUUCAAUGUUUUGGAGGCUAUCAAUUCAUUUCAUAAGUUGAAUAAUCCUAUCUUCUUUGACUCUGUCUAUUUCAUUAUCCAUUAUGUGAUGUUAAGUACAACCAUGACCAAGCAUGCAUUGGCUGUCAUGAUGACCAAGUGGUCCUCCUUUUCUAUUGACACCAAGGAUUGUAAAGAUCAUUACUUUAGGCUGAAGAAUCUAUCCAGCAUCCUAACUCAAUUCACACCCUCCUUGGUUCCCAUCGCCCAAUUGGUUAUCAAUCACACCAAACAUCCAUGCAAACAAUCUAGCGAUUGUUAGGAGGAAAGUUGACUGGAAAUUUAUUACAGUAAGCCUUUUGUUGUCUCAAGUAAGUACACUUUGCUAAAACCCCAUGAAAGAAAGAUCAAAUGGUCUUUGAUCAAAGCUGAGACUUUCUCGGUCCCCAGAAGCCCCUAGAAGCUAACAAUUAUAACAUAAUUAUCCUUAUCAUCAUCUGUUGGUUGUGGUGGUAAAUGUGGUAUGAUGGCAUGGUCCACCCCCACCCCCACCACCACGACCAUCCCUUCUUUGCAAGGGGACCAGACUCUUCUGAGAGUCUCGCAAGAGAGGCCUGCGCCUAAUGAGAAUCCUAGAUAUAGUCAUGAAUGUGCCCAAUAAAUGAGAAGCUAAGAUGGGAUCAUUUUCACGACUCAAAAGUCCCCUUGGGGCUUCUACAGUGUGGCUCUGGGGGCUUGAAUGGCCAGUCUGUGUUGGACUAGGUUGGUUGAAACCCCCCUUAGCCUGAAGCUGCCAAAGCAGCACCUUCACCUCGUCCUCUUGCAUGCUGCCAUGUGCCAUCAUCAACCUGAUCGGAGAAAGGUAGGACCGAUACAUGGGACCACAUUAGCAACAAAUGUGGACCCAACCAUCCACACCAAGGGAGACAAGCCUCAAGAGUGGUGUUCUUGCUUAAAUGCCUAACAAUGACAACCAUGCAUUUGCUUGAUGGUCCACCUGCUGUGGCGUUUCGGUAUGAAUAGGCUGUCAAAACUUAUGACAAGGGACCACAUUUUGGCAACUCUUUUAGUCUCUACUCUGUCUUUAUGUUCUGUUGAUAAGGUCGAUCUCAAUCAGGUCAACUAACAUCAGCAAUAGAGUUAAUGCAUGUAACACACUAAAUACAUUUUAUUAAAUGAUGCCGUAUGACCAUAUGAACUUAUCUGUAAAAGAUUUACUGAACUCAUAAUAUGCCAAAGAAUUUACUAAGACUUGAACGGGUUCGUCCUUUUUUAUCUGUACAAGGAUAACGAUGAACAAAUAUAUAAUGUACAGGGUUAGCUGGUGACUCCAUGCAUCUGCCCCACCAGUUCACAGGUCCAUGGGUUGGUCAGAACAAAGAACGCAGUAAGGCAAUGUGGCACAUUAUUUAAAAUUUUGAAUUAACUUUCUCCAUUUGUAUUUUACCUUUUUUCCUAAAUCUGGAUUUCUUAUUGAGAACUAAUGUUUUUAACAUCCAUACAUGGGUAAAACAGAUGCCCCAUAGCCAUAUAUCCAGAUAUAAUAGGGGAGUUAUCAGUUCUCUGCCCAUGUAUGUAAACAAAUUUAUUUUAUGACAAACUGUUCCGAUGAAUUACUAGGGAAACUGACACAUAGCAAAGACAUCACACUAACAGUUCAAAUCAAACCGUGCAUGAUUGUCAUUCAAAUUAUAAAGAAAUUUAAUUUUACUUUGGUCAACAUGACAAUUUAUUCAUCAUUAUGCUUUCUGUUUAACAGUCAUUAUCUUAUUUCUAUUUGAUAUACAUAUUUAUGUACAUAUGUUUGUAUGUAUGUAGCUACAUAUACAUGAAUGGGCACCGUGUGGUACAGUUGUUGUUACUCUAUAUGGUCAUAAGAACAAAGUGCACCUUCUGCAAUAUAAGCUUACAUUUUUUACAUGUUCAGCUGCUAGGAACUUGUUAAAUGCUAAAAAGUCACAUUCAAGUACCAAACUGAUCAUGAAAGAGGACUCUUAACCUCACGAACGUGGAAAAGCACAAGACAUCCUAGAAUGUCUUCUACUAUUUAUGGCAACCCAUGAGGCAUCCAUCAGGAUAGAAAGCCUGCUCUGUUCUGUUCAUGAUUCUUUAAUUUCACCCUCCCUUUCCAUUCCUUGCCAUCUUUGGUUUUAAGAAUACCACAGGGAGUGAGAGAGAUGAGAAGGAGCUCCUCUUCCAAGCAUAGCAACAGGAGCAUGGAGGUGGAGCCCAAGUUACAAGAGCCUCAACUGUCUGGUGCCUACAUCCGUAGUCUUGUCAAGCAGCUGAGCUCUUCAAGGACCAAAGAUCCCACGAAAUCAAAGUCUAGAGAUGGGGCAAGUGCAGGUGAAUUUUCUCAAGACAUCGCUAAAGAUGGUGAGCGCCUUGGUGACACUCAACAGCAACAAUCACCACCAUCAUCAAUGAAAGCUUUGCUACGAAAGAAACAGGUGAGAAGAAGACUCCGUACCAGUAGGCCUUACCAAGAAAGAUUACUUAAUAUGGCAGAGGCUAGGAGAGAGAUUGUGACUGCACUUAAACUUCAUAGAGCUACCAUGAAACAAGCAAAUGAGCAACAGCAGCAGCAGCAGCAGAAACAGCAGCAGCAACAACAACAACAACAGAAUCCAUCACCUUCUCCAACUCUGGAGCUAUCUCCAGCAGUGCUAGAGGAGUUGCAGCAGGAGCUGAAUGAGUAUAGGAGAAAUUCUAGGAUUUAUACUCCUAACAACACAUUUCCUAACUACGCCCACAACACCAAAUUGUCACCCUUUACUUACCCUUCUUACUCUUGGAUUUAUCCACCAAUUACACGACUAUCCAUCUCUGAUGACCUCAACAUCCCUUUGCCCAAUCAACCAUUAGGCUUAAAUCUCAACCUUCAAAGGUUCAACAAUAAAGACGAGUCCUUUUGCAACAACCUCAAUAGGAAACCAUCAAUCCAGCCAUCAUCUUGUUCAAAUUCUUCUGCUAGUAUCAUGUCAAGCAUCAAAAUACCAUGUAUCUCAAAGAUUUCCUGCCAGGCCUCUGGGGUUCCAUUGGAUCCUGCACCAGUGUCAUUGCAUCCAAUGAUGGAUGAUGAUGAAAUUGCAGAGAUCCGUUUGAUUGGAGAACAGCAUGACAUGGAGUGGAAUGACAAGAUGAACUUGAUGACAACAGCAUGGUGGAGUAAGUACCUCAAAAACAUGGAGGAUGGCCUAUGUGAAAAGGAAGAUCCACAUGAAGCAGGUUUUCAAAUGUUCAAUGAGGUAUUCAACGUGCCAUCUUGGUUGAGUAAUGAAGGGGAUGCUAAAGAGUCUUGCCUCUUCCAACCACAUAUGAAUAGCGACUACAAUGAAGAGGACUACAUGCAUGAUGCUGCCUUUCCAUGCUUUGACACCGGAGAAAUCAAAGAUUGGAAUGGAGAAUGGAUAUUAUAGUGAGGCUUAUCAUUUUUUAUAAAGGAUGAUUCAUCAUCACUAUUGUCAUAGUUUUUUUUUUCCAUUUUUCAUAUUUUCAAUAAAUGACCUUGUUAAAAAUAUCAUGGCAAGCACAUGCAGAGUAAAAUGUAAUGGGGAAAGAGCAAACCAGAUCUUUUGUUUGUCAAUUGUUCAUUAUAAGCAUAUGAUCAAAAGAAAGGCUAGAAAUAUGAUAAAUUGUUUAGAUGCUAAUCCCACCUACCACCUGCAAGACUUUGUGAUCAAAAGAAGAGAAUUGGAUUAGUGAGAGAGAAAACCCAAUAUACAGCAAUGUACCAACAGUAGGAGAAUUCUAGGUGGCCUUGAUCCACACGUUUUCUAUUUUUUCUGUUGAUGAGAAAUUGAAGCCUUAAAAAAGCAAUGGGUUCAUGAGUCAUUUGGUACUUGUUCCUUGUCUUAAUGUAAUGCACUUCUAAGCAAGAAUUAAAAUCUCGAUCUAAUAUGGGUAUCUAUCGGUGGUUAGACUGAUACGAUAAUGGCACCAGUGGUGCACCAAGUGUCAGUAUGGCCAAAACCA